AUGCGCGCGCGUUUUUGCACGGUGAAUAUUUUGAUUGCUUAUCGUACACACCCGCCAAACAGCGUACGACAACUACCUAGGGGAUAUCGAUACACAAGACGAGCAUUCGACGAAGGAACUGAAGAUGAAUGGGAUUGUGCCUAUCGGGUAGCCACUAGGCCUCCUCGCAGCUGCCAGUGGGGAGUGGUAAGUUUGCGCAGUCCAGACGCGGUGAGGAUAUCGAUGAGGUGGGAAAAGCAUCAAGAUCUGCUGUGCUGGAGCCAGAGCGCUGCGAGAGGAUAUCCUUCACCAGGCCGAUACAGCCUGUCUGAGAGGGACAGUUUGAUGGUGCAGCUUGCCCAAGCCAGUGCAACCGGAGGUGCCAAUGGCAACUUGAAUGGCGGCAAUCCUGCUCGAGCUCCUGCUCUUCGCACUGCUGCUCUUGUUGGUCGUCGUGUUAACGCCGAUACUGGCCGUCGCGAGGCAACCGGAAAUGCCGAACGCUCCACGUGUUGCCAACAAGGAGAGCAGGGGGGGAGGUUCACGGAAACAGGGUGUGGUUUCUUUUCUUCGAAUGUUUCAUCCCCAUAUUUGUCAGACCUGGCCACUCUUUCGGGGAUUUGUGAUUUCGUUUUCGAAUUUUUUGAGGCCAUCAAAAAUUCCUCUGCAGUGAUAGAUGAGUUUUUCAAGCAUGGAUCGGCCGCUGUUUGGCAGCUCACAACCUUGUCUUUCAUCUCUACGCAAUACAUCCAACAUGGCCGCCUCCUCUGGAUCGAUUACAAGCAGGGAAACCAGACACGAACAACAUGUUAUGUCAUUCGCAUAUGGCAUUUGUUGUUCGAUCAAGCUUCCUGA